GCAAACCUGGGGCCGUAGGGAGGCAAGACAAUGGAGGGCCAGGGACAUUGUACAAGAAGGGGAUCAGAUGCAGGGAAGAGGAAGAGGAGGAGGAGAAAGUAGCCAAGGAAAAGCUAUCGGCACAUACUUUCCUUAUGUUUGGGGAAAGAGGCCCCCCCCUGGGAGCCCAGGAGAGUCAGGAACACAGGGUCCCAAAGGAGACAAAGGAGAUCCCGGGAUGCCUGGAAGAAUAGGUGAGGAGCUGGACACUCAGCUGUGCAAGACAGGGGCAAGAAAUUGUAAGGAGCUGCUAGAUAGAGGGAAUACUCUCAGUGGCUGGUAUACCAUCUACCUCUCUGACUGCAAAUCUCUGACUGUGCUGUGUGACAUGAACACUGAUGGAGGGGGCUGGACUUUUUCAGGCUUGUGGUAUGUCGUUUCCAUGGUGUCAGAUUGCAAGGUCUUCCUUGGCAAGAAGGAAAAUAUAUUGAUGUCAACAAGAUUAAUAAAUGCCACAGAGGAUGGUAACCUUAAUGUCCACAUGGCCUUACCUUGGGCUGAUGGUUGUAAGACAAUGGAUGCAGAGUAUAUGAAGAUAGGGUCAGAAGGUCACUACAAAGUACCUGAUAAUGGCUACCUGGAUGUGCGUGUGGCUGAGACUGAUUACACGUCCUAUUGUGUCCUGUACAUCUACAAAGAACUGGAUGGGGUACUCAGCACCAUGGUGCAGCUAUUCAGUCGGACCCCAGAUGUGAGUGCCAAGGCUCUAAGAGCAUUCCAGGAUUUCUAUCCUAUUGUGGGACUUGAGGAUGACAUGAUGUCCUUGCUCUCCAAGUCAGAUGCUUGUUCCCAGGAAAACAUUGAGGGAAAAGCCUAGAGAAGACUUCUUCAGUCAUGAACAGAGAAGUUGUGAUCAGUAAGGAAGUCACAGAUCUUUGAGCACUUCUUGGAGACCCCAUCAGGGGAGUCCUUUGCAUUCUUCCUCUAUAACCCUGCUUUGGGAUUUUUCCUGGAAUUUCCUCUUCUGUAUUAAAUAAAUAGACUCUCUAUGAUU